AUGGCCACUCCCGACGCCACCAAGUUCACCACUUCCGACCAGAUCUUCUCCGCGAACCACACGCUGCCCCAGAUUCGCUCCAUCCACAAGGCCCUCCAUGUCGAGAUCGAGGACAAGGCAAGCCGCCUGCGCACGCGCGUAGGCGGAUCUUACCGCGACCUGCUCGGCACGGCCGACACGAUUGUACAGAUGCGCAGCGACAACGAUGCUGUGCAAGAGCUCCUGGGCAACAUGGGCUGGCGGUGCGGGAGGACGGUGGUCUCGACAAAGGUUGCUGGAUUGGCCAAGUUUGUGCGCAAGGAGCAGAAGUCAGAAGUUGCCGAGUCAGCUCGAAAGAGGUUGCUGGACGGGUGUCUGCUACUGGUUGGCAGACUGCUCAGAGGCCGCGGGGAGGUGGACGAGAGAGUGAGCAUCGGUGAUAGGCUGGUGUUGGCGGCCAAGGUGUGGGUGCUAAGUCGCCUCUUGGUCAAUAGCCUGGGGAACGAGUUUCCCAGCGACGAGGCUCGACAAGCUGCUGAUGCUUCUAAAAAGAAGCUGGAUAGCUUGCGUCGGCGGCUGAGGACGACUCUGGAGAAGACCAUGGAGAAGGCUGGUCCCGACUCUGAUAGGGACGACGUAUUGAAGUCCCUCGCGGCUCACAGUCUUGCGAAUAGCUCUGGAACCAAGGAUACCUUGCGGCACUUUUUGGAAGUCAGGUUCAAGGCCAUCUCCGUGGCUUUGGAUUAUGAGGAGGAAGACGGGCGGGCCAGGAGUCCGGACGAUGUCAUCCAAAGCCUGAGACUAUAUGCACGAACUUUACUAGACGUACAGGCCUUUGUGCCGAACAAACUCUCCCAAACACUCAAUGCCCUAACAAAAAAGCCUCUCCUGGAAGAUGCCUCCUUGCAGAAUUUGGAAGGGCUGCGACUCGAUAUUUUUGAGAGAUGGUGUGGUGAAGAGAUUCAAUAUUAUACGCCCUUUAUUCGCCAUGAUGAUCUUGAUGGAACGCGGGCAAGGGAGAUGUUUGACAGCUGGGUCGAAAAAGGCGAACAGGUGCUACUCGAUGGGCUGAAGAAGACUCUGGAGCCAAUCCACGAUUUCAAAUCCAUAACAGAGCUCCGGACGAAUCUGCUCCAGCUUUGGAUACGCGAAGGCAGCAAAGUGCGAGGUAUCGACCCCGAAGAGGUGCAGAACAAUGUACGAAAGGCCAUCAAUGCGCGGAUGCUCGCCGUUUUGGACGCAAAGGUUUCCAAACUUCGUCUUGUGGGCUCAGAAGUCAAGGCGACGCUGGAAAGCUGGAAGGAUGGCGCGACUGGGAAACUACCAGGCCUUUGGGAUGAAGAGGGCUACGAGGAUGCGUUGGCUAUUGGAGCUCGUCCGUUUUUACAAGAAGUGGCGUCACGAUUCUAUGGCCGCAGCGACGCUGUUUCCAAGGCGCUCAACUGCUAUUCUUCUUGGUUUCACAUCACCGACGACGUGAAAGAGGUGGUUGGGCAGUUGGAGAAACAGCGCUGGGAUAACGAUUUUGACGAGAUUGAAGAUGAAGAGACGAUAGAGGCGAGGCAGCAGUUGUUGAGCAAGGACGAUCCGAAAAUGCUGCAACAAAAGUUGGAUACCAGCCUUGAUGCGUCUUUUGAAUCGCUUGGAAAGGAGCUUCAGCAGCUAUGGGACAGCAAAUCCGAGAGUAGCAGCAGCAGUGCUGUCGCCAUGUACUUGGUUCGAGUCUUGCGUGAUAUUCGUCGCCAACUACCACAGCGCGACAAGCUCAAGAACUUUGGCUUGGAUUUGGUGCCUGCCCUUCACCAAACGAUUAUAGCAUCGACAUCAGCAUCACCCGUGGAAGAAUUUGUGAAGACGGGAUUAUCUGGAAGAGUUGCAGUUGGAAGGCCGUUGUGGGAAGGCGACCCAGCACUGCCCAAUCAGCCGUCUCCACAGACGUUUCAAUUCCUCCACAGCCUGCUGCUGUCCUUGUCAGAUGCCGGGGUUGACUUGUGGACCGCGGCUGCAAUGUCCGCUUUGAAGAAGCAUGUUGGUCAGCAAUUGUGUGAGGCGUGGAGCCAAGAAUUACAGAGCCUAGAAUUCUACGAAGAGGCCAAAGGAGAGGAGAGACAAGAAGAAAAUGAUGGGGAGGAGAAGGAAAACGCCGGAGAAAAGGAAGAGCCGGGUAGCAGCGGGAAGGACCAGGACGUUGAAAAGAAAGAUGAUGGCUCACCCUCUGGCAACGAGCAAUUGCGAGAUGUUUGCAUCCAAUGGCUCUUUGAUAUCUCGCUUCUACGCCUCUCAAUCGGAAACGUAGCAGGAGAUACAACACAAGAGUUUCAAAAAUUGGAAGAUGCGGUUUAUGAGCGCACUGGGUUGGAAGAUGCCUCGCGACAGCAAGUCGGCAAGACGGCCAAGAGCUUCUGGGGCCGAACGAGUCUGCUUUUUGGAUUGUUGGCAUAA